UUCACCACUACAAGAAUCCGGGGAGCGAAACUGGAGAGACCAGCAUGGAGUAUUUCAUGGUGCCAGCUCAGAAGGUGCCCUCCUUGCAACAUUUUAGGAAAACGGAGAAAGAAGUGAUUGGUGGUCUGUGUAGUCUGGCCAACAUUCCCUUGACCCCGGAGACGGCGCGGGACCAGGAAAGGCGAAUCCGCCGGGAAAUCGCCAACAGCAAUGAGCGGCGGCGCAUGCAGAGCAUCAACGCUGGGUUCCAGUCGCUCAAACCCUCAUCCCCCACAGCGAUGGAGAGAAGCUCAGCAAGGUGGGUCGCCGGCGGGCCUUUUAAUUAUCGGUGAAGAGGAGUGUCUCUGUUAACCUCUACAUUUAUGUCGGCUCAAGCGUGUACGCAGCAGCGUUGUACUCAUCCCCCUCCUCCUCCUCCUCUCUUUUACUCAGGCUGCAUCUUGCAGCAAACAGCAGAGUAUAUCUUCACUUUGGAACAGGAGAAGACACGGUUACUGCAGCAGAACAACCAGCUCAAACGCUUCAUACAGGAAUUCAGCGGUUCCUCCCCAAAGAGGAGGCGCGCCGAGGAGAAGGAUGAAGGGAUCGGCUCGCCAGACAUCCUGGAGGAGGAGAAGACAGACGACUUGCGGAAGGAGAUGAUUGAUUUGAGGCAGCAGCUGGAGAAAGAGCGCUCAAUCCGGAUGAUGCUGGAAGAGCAGAUGCGUUCCCUGGACGCCCAGCUACCAGAGAAGCUGAAGGUGAUCGCCCAGCAGAUCCAGGAGCAGGAGGCCAAAACGCAGAGCCUCAUCCGUCUGCAGCAGCAGCAAGAGCAUCUGGAGAGAGCCAACAGUCCACAGGCGUUGGCUCCUACCACCCCCCUUGCUCCCACCCACCACGCCACGGUCAUCGUCCCUGCACCUGCCCAGCCUCCCCAGCCCCAUCACGUCACCGUGGUAACCAUGAGCCCCGCCUCAGUCAUCAAUACAGUGUCCACAUCUCGGCAGAACCUGGACACCAUCGUCCAGGCUAUCCAACACAUCGAGGGCACCCAAGGGAAGGGCGGCGCUGGAGAGGAGGACCAGCGGAGGGCGGUGAUAGUCACGUCGGGGCGCCUCCUCCACGACGCGGUGGGCUCGGACACGGCCUCGAACAGCGAUGAGCUCGACGAAUGUUGACUGCCCUGAGCUCGUCCCUCGCAUCUCGCAUAACAUAUACAGAG